AUGCAAGCAGCCGAGCAGCGCCUGGGUGGCGGUGGCGCUGCCUGCCCCAAGCAGCUGACCUCUUUCCUCAUUCGAGACAUUCUGCGCCCCGGGGGCGCGCCCACGUCGGAGUCCGGCGGGGAGGCGCGUUCACCGGCCCGGAGGGAUCGGGCCGGGGCCAGCCAAGCCCCCGAGAAGCUCUGCGCGGCGGACGCAACAGAUCAGACUGCAGAGGCCUUCCACUCUAAUUCUGAGAACCCCCCCAAAUCCUUACUGAGACUACCAAAGCAGCAGAAGCGUUCCCGGGCUGCCUUCUCCCAUAUGCAGGUCAUAGAGCUUGAGAAGAAGUUCAAUCACCAGAAGUACCUGUCUGCACCUGAGCGAGCCCACCUAGCCAAGCACCUGAAACUCACUGAAACCCAAGUGAAAAUCUGGUUCCAGAACAGAAGAUAUAAGACCAAGAGGAAGCAGCUGGCUUCAGAAUUUGGUGGGCUUGAUAAGAACUCAGCAAUUCCAGCCUUCAAAGAGUGUGACUUCUCCAGGGCUACUCUGGCCCUUUCUGUGUACCACAGCUACCAGUAUAAUCCAUAUGUCUACUACCUGAAUGGCUGGAGUCCGGUCUUGUGGUAACUAAUAUACUGAGUAAUCUACUUGCCACAGGGUCUAAAAACACUCUUCAGCCACCACCCAGUCACUGACUUUGCUACAGUGGGAUAGAUUGCAAGUCAGACUUUGCCAGAGAGAAUUGGCUUCCUCCUUUUUUAUUUUUUCUCCUCCGUCUUGGGACAUCCAGGGAGCUCACAAGGUGCUCUUGAUCUACAGCUAUGGAUAGUGCUGUGUUUGCUUCCCAUGAUGCAA